CGCGAACUUCGAACCCGAAAAAAAGCGAUGCAGGUUCUACCGAAGCGACGUUCUGCAGCUAUUUUCCAGCCCAUGCAGACAACUAGAGCCAGACCUUGGAUCGCCAAAAUUGCAGGAGCGUUUUUGUCAGCGUCAACGAGCUCGCAAUCGCGUCAGACUGCAGCAGAAACCGACUCGUCGUCUCGUAGGACCAGUGAACUUGGAAUACAGAUGAUCUCCAAGUCGCUGCACGAGCAGAUAUUCGGCAGCGAGCCCCGCGUGUCCGAGGAAGCCGUCAAGAAGAGCAAACGCCACCUCAUGUCGCACGGAAUAAACGUGGACGCUGGCGGAACGAAGCCGCUGCGUGACGUUGACGUAGAGCUUCCUCCGCUAACGGGCUGCAACGUAAACGAUCACUUUGUAAACAUAGCCAAGCAGCAGAUCGAACCGUACCUAUCACUGGCCCAGGAACUGGCAAAGACAAAUCUACCACAAAUGCCAAAAAAGUGGCAAUUUUCUACUGGGUGGACCAAAUACAACGGAAACAAAGCCACAGCGGUCCCCUACCCCGACGAAACCGCUCUGGUCUUGGACGUGGAGGUGUGUGUGAGAGACAGCGAGAGACCCGUGCUGGCCACGGCAGUGUCGGGGUCCCACUGGUAUUCCUGGGUCAGCAAGCGUCUUGCGUCACACGAGGACUACAGCGUGGAGGUACAGGAAGACGGGACGACAGCAAGAAGCCUUAUCCCACUAGAGCCGGAAGCCGACGAGUGUGAAAUGGUGGGAGAGGAGAAGAGCCAGUGGAAGCAGAGGGUUGUGGUGGGGCACAAUGUUGGCUACGAUCGAGCGAGAAUCAAGGAACAGUACCUGUUGAAAGGUCCAAAGACGAAAUUUCUGGACACUCUGAGUUUGCACGUUUGCAUUGCAGGACAGACCGCAGCUCAGAAAUUGGUGUGGAAAAAGCACAAUGGGAACAGUCAGGUGGCUAGUGGUCAAGGCAGUGAGGGAUGGUUGUCCGUCAGCAGUCCCAAUGGUCUUGCCGACGUCCACUGGCUCCACGUGGGAUCACACAACGGGACGUCCCGGAUUGACAAGGAGAAGAGAAAUGUCUUUGUCAAGGGGCGAAUUCAGGACGUCCGGAAACAAUUCCAGAGUUUGAUGAGGUACUGUGCAAAUGACGUCGUCUCCACCCACGAGGUGCUCGGGGUACUCCUACCCCAGUUCCUCCAGCGCUGCCCUCACCCCGUCACUCUGGCCGGGAUGCUGGAAAUGGGCGGAGCUUACAUGCCUGUCGAUGCCAGCUGGAACAAAUAUAUCGCCGACUGCGAGUAUGUUUAUGAGGAGAUGGGAGGAGAGAUAAAGGCCAAGCUCAUGGCUCUUGCUGACGAUGCCUGCACCUACAUGCACGGGAAAAGAUACCUGGAGAGCCCGUGGCUGUGUAACCUGGACUGGUCGACAAAAAAGUUCCGCGGAAAGUCUAAAAAGUCGGACAUGAAGAAAUUGCUGGACCAACUGGAGAGAUAUUACGAGCUGCGGGAUGAAGAGUUUAGGUUGGGAGGAGCGGAGAGAGAGGACGGAGAAGGGAGAGAACUGGAGGAAGGAGAGGGCAAAGAAGAAGGUGGCAGUGUGGGUAAAAGUGAUUUCUUCAUCAGUGGAGACGGUCCAGCCAAGAGAGCCGUCCAUAUGCCAGGAUAUCCUGAGUGGUACCGAAGUCUGUGCAUGAGACGCAGCGACGAGCAGUGGUGUCCCGGUGCCGUUCUGGUCAGCGCACAGACUCGGGUCGCUCCCUACCUCCUCCGCAUGAAAUGGAAGGGGUUUCCCCUUCAUUACCACAACAGUCUUGGCUGGGGGUACAUCGUUCCACAGAACAUCCGUCCCGGAGAGGUUCUGGAAUGGGACGAGGAAGAUAAUGUAGGUGUUCAAAUAGCUGGGAAUUCAGAUAAAAAUCUCAGUCAUAGCCCGCUUGAUGAUGGAGAAGGAGAGGGUGCUCUAUUUGGAAUAGAAGCGGAGGUGAAUGUGUUUGCAAAGUCAAAGAGACAGGUUCAUCACUCCGAGAAGGAAGAAGAAAAGGAGGCCGAGGGAGAGGGGGAAGGGGAAGGUGGAACAAAGAGACGGGAAAAUAUCGAGACGCCAUUUGGAACGACAGACGAUGUCGUGCAUUUGAGGAACGGGAAAACAUACUAUUUCUUCAAGUUGCCUCACAAGGACGGAAGUGAGCUGAAUGUGGGAAACCCUCUGGCCAAGAGCUUCCUCCACCAGAUGGAGACCGGGACACUCACCUCGGCCGCCGGGCGACUGGGUCAGAGGAUCCUGACCCUCAACUCCGCCAUCUCCUUCUGGAGGAGUGCUCGACAGAGAAUCCUAGAGCAGUUUGUAGUUUGGGAGGAGAAAGACAACUCGUCAGAAAACAGUGACAGUGUUGCAAGAGGAGUGAUACUGCCACAGUUGGUGGUGGCCGGGACCGUCACUAGGAGAGCCGUCGAACCGACUUGGCUCACCGCUAGCAACGCCAAGGAAACCAGGGUCGGGUCCGAACUAAAGGUCAUGGUUCGUGCGCCGGACGGCUAUCAUUUCGUGGGUGCAGAUGUCGACAGUCAGGAGCUGUGGAUAGCAGCUGUUCUCGGGGACACACGCUUUGCCGGCAUGCAUGGCUGUACUGCGGUUGGCUGGAUGACGCUGCAGGGUAGUAAAUCAGAGGGAACCGAUGUCCACAGCAACACCGCCUCGACCAUUGGCAUUUCUCGAGACCAGGCCAAGGUGUUGAACUAUGGGAGGAUAUAUGGGGCCGGAAGACCCUUUAUUGAGCUGCUAUUGAAGCAAUUUAACCCUUCUCUCACUGGGACAGAGGUGGCGGAUAAAUCUCGAACACUUCUGGAGGCCACGAAAGGAAGAAGACAUUACAAGCUGACGGAGGAAGGGACGGAGAUGGUGGAGCACUGUGGGGUGAGAGUUGGAGAAGAGAGGCUGGUACCAGUGGAUGCCGUGAGGGGUAUGAGAUGGGUCUCCAGAUACACUACUGGGAGAGUGUGGAGGGGAGGAAGGUGAGUUGAGAUUUUAAUAAUGUCACAUUCCCUUUUAAAUCAUCUCCCAUUCCUCUCUCUCCUUUUUCUACUCCACUGGAACAUGUGCAAGCAUGGGCAGAAACAGUGGAACCUUCUCUAAAGAUACCGCCUGAAAUGAGGACAGCUAUUUUUUUUUAACAACACCUUUUCCUUUUCCAAGAGCAGUAAUUUAACCUCGACUUUAUACACUAUUCUAGCCCUUUUCUCGUCUCAGUGAAAGUGACUUAUUCAACAAAUUGGAGCAGAUAGCCACGUCUGAUCGACCCACCACGCCAGUGCUGGGCUGCACCAUAUCCAGAGCACUUGAGACUCAGUUUACAAAAAACAGUGCAGUAUUUCCCGAGCAAAGUCAACUGGGUGGUGCAGGGGUCAGCGGUGGACUAUUUGCAUCUGACGCUGGUGGCCACCAAAUGGCUGGUCGCUACGUAUGACAUCGAGGCCAGAUACUGCAUCAGUAUUCACGAUGAGGUUCGGUACCUCGUGAAGAGUGAGGAUCGCUACCGGUUCGCGCUGGCCCUCCAGUACGCCAACCUCCUCACCCGGGCCAUGUUCUCUCACUCUCUCGGUCUUCAAGACCUCCCCAUGUCGGUCGCCUUCUUCUCCGCCGUAGACGUCGACUCCUGCCUGCGCAAGGAGCCCUCCAUGGACUGUAAAACUCCCUCCAACCCUCUCGGUCUCGAAAAAGGGCACAACAUUCCUCCAGGUGAGGCUCUGGACAUUCAUGAGAUAUUGGAAAAGACAGGCGGAUCUCUUGUGAAAUGAUGAUUCGAUAAUGUGAUUGUGGACAUCAUAAGCGCAUGCGCUUACCGACCUUCGACCCCUCGCUAUGCGUGCGCCCGCGAGCAAACUGAGCGGCGCCUAUACAUUUCUGUGGACUUCUAGAAUGAGGAUGGGUUAGAAUGAAGUUUCUAUGAGGCCGCAGGGUCUGCCGCCGAACUGUCGCUACUGCCGUUUGUUUUUUCCAUGCACGCGUCGAAGGCCUUCCGCGUCUUCUUGCACGCCUUGAAGCUCUGAUUGUUCUCGUCCAGACACGUCCAGUGAGCCGUGAAGACUUCGUUGCAGCUGCCCUUUACGGCGCGGAAAAACUCGAGGGCGCAGCAGGUGACCUCCCUGCCCUCCGCGAGGCACUUGCGAGGGUCUUUGCUGGCGGUUCGGCACUCCAUGAACGUCUCGUUGGGUCCCUCGCAGUACUUGCCGUAGUGGUGGGCGGCUCCCAUCAGGACUGCAGACGUUACGUUCACCUCCUCUGCGUCCAGGUCCUUGGCUGUGAGGCCGCCCGACAUCUGGGACGUAGAGGUCGCCAUCUUUCUCUCUCGAUCGAUCCUCCUCCUCUCGAUCUCGUGCGC